CACCCCCGCUUGACCAUCUGAAAAUGGGCAGAGUUGGGCUACUCCGUGACAUGGGUGUGCCCUAUGCAGAAUGCUGACACCAGAGACAGUACUCUGCCAUUUCUCCCGGAGUUUCUAUGCAAAUCCAGGUCUGAGAGUUGAGAAUGCCCCAUGUAUUAGCAUCUCUGAGCGCUUUUCGUAUGCAAAAUGCUCGAUGAUUGCCGUACCAAGUUCACAUGUCUCACAUGUAUAAAUACCUAGGUGGCGGACCGAUCAUGUCGUUCCUUUAGUCUCUGUGCAUCACAGCUCAAUCCAAGACAUCCUCUCAAACACAACUAGUAACUACUACAAUCUCACCUAUACAUCUUACAAUGGCUUCAAAGCAGUACGACGACCCUUACCGGCACACUUGCCUGGUUCCCUACGUGGAUCCCAACGAGGCUCCAGAGGAAAUUGCCAGCAGAUUGAGGGUGCACGACUUCAGAAGGAACAUCUUCCUUGUCCUUGCUCAUUCGCCUGGCCUUUUCCCUAAUGUCAUGGGCCUCAUUGGUGGUUGCUUCAGAGGAGAGAUCCGAACCAUUCCCCUCCUUGACUGGCAACUCAUUGUUCUUCGUGUCGCUACCAAAGUCGGCGCCAAGUACAUGUACGAUGUCAACCUACCCGUCUCCGAGCUUUACGAGAUGGAUCCCGCCAAGAUUGAAGCCAUCGGCUGCAGCAGCGAGGAUGUGGUGAACGGAGAGGGGCCCUACACCAAGCGCGACCGCCUCAUCCUCCGCAUUGUGGAUGAGCAGUUGGCAACCUUUACCAACACCAAUGAGACCGUUGAGGAGGCUCUUACGGUCCUCAGCAAUGCGGAACUGGUGGAGGUACUGAUCAUUAUCGGUGCCUAUUGUAUGCUGGCUCGCAUCCUACGCGGCUUGAAGGUUGACGACGACCAACCUAUCCGCCCCGCCAAUCUUAUGGACGCACUCCGGGCAUCUGUCACUCCUGACCAGAAGAAGUAAAGGCACCUUCGCGCCUAUCCACAAGGACUUCGACAUAGAAAACCGGUACGGACGGUAUCUGGGGCGUUGGUUAUAUAGAAUUGGAGGGUCGUCUGCUACAGCGGGUUGUGGCGAGAGUGUUCCUUAGAUACUUAGAUUGGCCGCAUUUAAAUCCAAGUCGUUUUGUCUACAUCCUCCUCGUCAUUUGAUUGCAUUCAUACAUCUGAGAUGUCAGGGAUAAUAGUCAUAUAGACCCCCUAGGGUGGCUAUCUUAGACCUGCUGGCUAUUGAAAGUGGUGCCAGGACCUUCUUGAAGAGAUGAGACGUUGGGGAAUCAAUGACUAUUGAGCACUAUACUGCCCUUUUGAAUACCUACUUGACUGUGGCUAGCCUUCUGCUCAUUCCGGGACCCCCACCUCUGACAUGAGAUAACAGAUAUAGGUCUUGUCCUUCACAAAGCACAGCUGGUCUCCUUAACGCCCCAUUUCUGUUAUAUCACCCGUCUUCUUUGGACGCUCUACGCCAAUUUUAUGUCAUGAUUUAAAAAGGAGCUGUCAGGGGCCUCAGGGUGGGGGAGCAAAGAGAUACAUUGUAUAUAGUCAGAGAAGUCUGAAUGCCUUCAGAUUUCUGACCUUUUAGACCUUGUGCCGCAAUGAUAGUCUUACUGUCUGCCCUAUA